AUGUCCUUCGCCGAGAAGUCAUCGCCGCCAGCCUCCGCCAUUAUAGCCAACACAUCCAGGGGCUACCACAUCCUCAAGAUCGACGGCUACUCUCUCACCAAAGGGACCCCCACGGGUGAGUCCCUCUAUUCCUGCCAGUUCACCAUGUGCGGCUAUCGCUGGCGCAUCCGCUACUACCCCAACGGCGACCGCAGUGACUACGCCGAUUACAUAUCCCUUUUCCUCAUGCUCGACCAAACCGUCGCCAAGGAAGUGAAGACGAAGUCCAGGAUCCGUUUCGUCGACUCUACGGAGGAGCAUCCUUCUCUCACAUCGAGUAACGUUGAGUCCUUCCAUGGCCAGCAUCGUUAUUCUUGCUGGGGGCGUAGCAAGUUCAUCAAAAGGGUCGACUUCGAGAAGUCCAAGCACCUCGUAGACGACUCAUUCACCGUCAGGUGCGACCUCGCCGUUAUCAACCAGAUCCGCUCUGAGGAGAUGCCUGCACCGAAGUUCGUGUCCGUGCCGCCGUCCGACCUGAACCAGCACCUGGGUGAUCUCCUCGCGACUGGGAAGGGUGCCGAUGUGGUCUUCGAGAUCGCCGGUCAGACAUUCGCCGCGCACCGGUGGCUGCUCGCUUCACGAUCGACGGUUUUCAGGGCAGAGCUCUUCGGCUCAAUGAAAGAGAGCGGCACUGCAGAUGUCAUACGCGUAGACGACAUGGAAGCGCAGGUAUUCAGAGCGUUGUUGCAUUUCGCGUACACCGACUCACUGUUGCCGGAGACGCAAACAAAAGAGGAAGAGGAAGACGUCAUGUGUCAGCAUCUGCUUGUCGCCGCGGACAGGUAUAGUUUUGAGAGGCUAAAGCUGGUCUGUGAGGAGAAGCUGUGCAAGUACAUCAAUAUAAACGCGGUAGGGACGAUCCUGGCGCUUGCUGAGCAGCACCACUGCGACGGGCUGAAGAAGGCAUGCUUCCAUUUUCUCAGCUCUCCAACAAAUAUGACGGCAGCCUCGGCCACUGACGGCUUUCAGCAUCUGAGUAGGAGCUGCCCCUCUGUUAUGAUACAGCUGAUUGCCAUGUCUUCACGCAGUCACUCGGCCUAAUUCUGUCGUGCCGAACAGGUGGAUUACUAUCGGAUAUACAUAUUGCUUUACAUCUAUAAUUAUGUAAAAGAAA